AUGGUCCCCAGCGUGGUGGUCCCCAAAGUGGAGGUCCACAGUGUGGAGGUCCCCAGGGUGGAGGUAUCCAGUGUGGAGGUAUCCAGUGUGGAGGUCCCCAGUGUGAAAGUCCCCAGUGUGGAGGUCCCCAGUGUGGAGGUCCCCAGUGUGGUGGUCCCAGUGUGGAGGUCCCCAGUGUGGUGGUCCCCGUGUGGAGGUCCCCAGUGUGAAGGUCUGCAGUGUGGAGGUCCCCAGUGUGGAGGUCCCCAGUGUGGUGGUCCCCAGUGGAGGUCCCCAGUGUGGAGGUCCACAGUAUGGAGGUCCCCAGUGUGGAGGUAUCCAGUGUGGAGGUCCCCAGUGUGGUGGGCCCCAGUGGAGGUCCCCAGGGUGGAGGUCUCCAGUGUGGAGGUCCCCAGUGUGGAGGUCCCCAGUGUGGAGGUCCCCAGUGUGGAGGUCCCCAGUGUGGAGAUCCCCAGUGUGGAGGUCCCCAGUGGAGGUCUCCAGUGUGGAGGUCCCCAGUGUGGAGGUCCCCAGUGUGGAGGUCCCCAGUGUGGUGGUCCCUAG